GCAACUUUUUGCUUCUUCCUUAAUUCUCUCGAGCUGCGCCAAAACCAUACCAAGAAAAAAGAAAGGAUCAAACGAAGCGCCGUUUUCUCCGUCGGAGUUUAUCGAUUAAUGAUGCCUAGCAUGAGUUGUGACAAAAAAGAGGAUUGGGACUUGGAAGCGUUCGAGGAAGUGGACCCCACAGGACGAUAUGGCCGCUACAAAGAGCUUCUGGGCUCGGGAGCCGUGAAGAAAGUCUACAGAGCCUUUGACCAAGAAGAAGGAAUUGAAGUCGCCUGGAAUCAAGUCAAACUACGUAACUUCUCAGAUGACGAGACCAUGAUUAAUCGACUAUUUUCUGAAGUCCGCCUGCUCGGGAACCUGAAGAACAAGAAUAUAAUUGCCCUUUACUCUGUCUGGCGGGACAAGGAGAAGAACACCCUGAAUUUCAUAACUGAGGUUUGUACGUCCGGUAAUCUAAGAGAGUACCGGAAAAGGCACAGGCAUGUCUCGAUGAAGGCCAUCAAGAAGUGGUCAAGGCAGAUCUUGAAAGGGCUCGACUAUUUGCACACACACGAACCUUGUGUCAUUCACAGGGACCUCAAUUGUAGCAAUGUCUUCAUAAACGGCAAUGUUGGCCAGGUGAAAAUCGGCGAUUUCGGGUUGGCAGCUAUAGUUGGGAAAAACCACUCGGCCCAUUCAGUGCUGGGGACACCGGAAUUCAUGGCACCUGAGCUGUAUGACGAGAACUACACAGAGAUGAUAGAUAUAUACUCGUUUGGGAUGUGCUUGCUCGAGAUGGUGACUCUCGAGCUUCCGUACAGCGAAUGUGAUAAUGUGGUAAAGAUUUACAAGAAGGUGACAUCUGGAGUGAGGCCUCAGGCCAUGAACAAGGUGAAGGAUCCCGAGGCCAAAGCGUUUAUUGAGAAGUGUCUUGCUCAGCCAAGAGCCAGGCCUUCGGCUGCCCAACUACUCGAGGACCCUUUUUUCGAUCAGAUUCGUGAUUAUGAUGAGGAAAAUGAUUGAUAAUUCUAACAUGAGUUGGUUGAUGUGAAGUACCAACUCAAGUAUACUUCUUUGGAGAAGUUUGAAAGUUUUUAAGCUGUUAUUACUCAAGUAUAAUGCGAGAUAGUCUUUGAUGCAAAUGGAACAUAGAAAAAGCCUAAUGAGUGUUGGUUGGGAAGCAGACAGGAAAACAAAGUAAUACCUUUU